CGAGACGACGACGACAACCACGACGUGUUGCUGAGGGUGGCACUAUGACGCUAAACAUCCAGCUCCCCACCCCAGCUGACCAGACCAUGAGACGCACGGCGGCCGAGAUUCCAACGGGCCACGGCAUGCCUUAUAAGCGCAGACACGACCAGGCUCCUGCCCCUUUCUCACUACCUCCCUCCCCUCCCUUCCACUACCCUCCUCCCCCACCCACAUCCCAAACAACACAAUGGGCUCCGACCUCACCACCUCGGUCCAGCUGGGCAACGGCAAGACCAUCACGCUCCCCUCGGGCCUGUACAUCAACGGCGAGUGGGUCAAGCCCGCCAAGGGCGUCAAGCUCGACGUGUACAACCCGGCCACGAACAAGGUCAUUGCGCAGGUGUACGAGGGCGACGCCGAGGACGUCGACGUCGCCGUCAAGGCCGCGCGCGCCGCCUUUGAGAAGGACGACCGCAGCUGGGGCUUUGGCUCGCCCCAAGCCCGCGCCGCGCUGCUCAACAAGCUCGCCGACCUCGUCGACGCCAACGCAGAGCUGCUCGCCGCCAUCGAGUCCACCGACCAGGGCAAGACGUACACCGCCGCCAUUGCAUCCGACAUUCCCGGCGUGUCCCAGACUAUCCGCUACUAUGCCGGCUGGGCCGACAAGAUCACGGGCAAGACGUACAACUCGAUCCCCGGCACCUUCUCGCACACGCGCUAUGAGCCCAUCGGCGUGUGUGGUCAGAUCAUCCCCUGGAACUUCCCUGCCCUCAUGUUCGCGUGGAAGAUCGCCCCCGCCCUCGCGACGGGCAACACGGUCGUCAUGAAGACUGCUGAGACGACGCCCCUCUCGGCGCUCAAGCUCGCCGAGCUCAUCCACGAGGCCGGCUUCCCGCCGGGCACGUUCAACCUCGUCACUGGUCGUGGCCCCACUGCGGGCCAGGCCAUCGCCGACCACAUGGACAUUGACAAGGUCGCCUUCACCGGCUCGACGUUCACCGGCCGCCGUAUCAUGGAGAGCGCGGCCAAGAGCAACCUCAAGAAGGUGACCCUUGAGCUUGGUGGCAAGAGCCCCAACAUUAUCUUCGACGACGUCAAGUCGGUCCAGGAGGCCGCCGAGUGGGCCGUCUUCGCUAUUGGCGCCAACGUCGGCCAGGUGUGCACUGCCGGCUCGCGCCUCCUCGUCCAGGAGACGAUCGCCGAGGAGUUCACCAAGCACUUUGUCACGCUCACCGAGCGCAUCAAGGUCGGCGACCCCUUCGACGCGCACUCGGUCCAGGGCCCGCUCAACUCGGCCGGACACUUUGACAAAGUCAAGGGCUGGAUCGCGACCGCUGUCGAGGACGGCGCGACCGUCGCCACGGGCGGCAAGGACCUGAGCGCCAACAACGGCGGCGGAUACUUCCUCUCGCCUACCGUCUUCACCAACGUCAAGACGGGCCACCGUAUCCUCGAGAACGAGGUGUUCGGCCCCGUCGUCUCCAUCCAGACCUUCAAGACCGAGGAGGAGGCCGUCGAGAUUGCAAACUCGACGACGUACGGCCUCGCCGCUGGCGUCUUCUCCGACUCGGCCACCCGCCUCAACCGCCUCAACUCCAAGAUCCGCGCCGGCACCGUCUGGAACAACCUGUACAACUUUGCCUCGCCCACCAUCCCCUUCGGCGGCUACAAGCAGAGUGGUAUCGGCCGCGAGAACGGCGAGGCUGCUCUUCUCAACUACCUCGAGAUCAAGUCGGUCAUCGCCAACGGCGGCGCUAUCCGCUCGCCGUUUGCCGGCCUCAGCGGUUAAUCGGGUACGCGCGAGGUGAUGCGACGUGUGUACCAGAGAGAAGUGUGUCGGAAGAAGAAAACGAGCAAGUCAGUCAGUAGUAUGUAGCCAACCGUUGUCGACGGUGCGUAUCAGUGGGUGAGGAGUUUAUGCAGCUGUGUACAGGC